GUGCUUUCCUGCUGCCUUCCUGCUGGCACGCCGAGGUCCCCUCUCUCCGCCUGUCGUUCUGGCUGCGGAUCCCAAUUCCCUCUCCACUUCUCUCCCCAGAUUCCAUCAGCCCAGGGUUUGUUUGCCCUGAACAAACAACGACGACGACGACGAGGAAUCUGUUUUCUUUUCUUGGUGUUUUUGGUCCCGUUCGUCAUCAACACCCCACUACGCUCCCGUCCAGGGCUGCUUCUUUGUCCUCCCGCCGCCGCCGCCGCUGCCGCGGCCACAAAAGUAACACGCACCAACACCUCGUCCUCCCCUGACUUGUCUUGUCACGAGCCUUGCACAGCCGCAACACGAGCCCAACCAAGACUCGUUCCGACCGUACACGGCGUCAGACUCGACCGCGUCAUCCGGUCUCACAGAGGCCUGUGCCAGUUUGAUAGAAGGAAAAAAACCAGAAUAUCGGAGCGACUUUGCCCACCCCGCUCCUUCCUAUCCGCUCUCGUUGCGACGGAUCCGGCUGCACAGUCAAGAUGAGGAGAUCACGGCUUUCUCUGAGGCGCUCGCUGCUUCUGUCGACCACCCUGGCGCUGUCAUUCCUGGCAGUCGGGACUUUCGCCCAGGAUGACGAGACCACUUCAGCAGCAGCCACCUCAGACCGUACAGCCACCGCUGAUGAUACUGCCACGGCCUCGGAAGCGAUGCCUACCAUAGGCCAGACAUCGGCCAACGAUGGCGAGUCUUCGACGUCGACGUCCGCCUCGGCCGACACCGUCACCAGCGACAUGCCAAGCUUGUCGACGUCUACCAGUGAUUCUGGCGUAAACUCCGACAUGCCCACCAUCAGCACUCCCUCUGGCGCCGCCGACGCGGCCAUCCCCACGUACCCGGCACCGAGCGUACCCCCUACGCAAAAUGCGCCCUUCAUGCAGGUCUCCACGCUGCCUGACGGCACCGUCUUCAUCUGUGUUGGCGCUGUGCUGGGCGCCUUCGCCCUCGCACUAUUGCUAUGGCGGGCCAUCAUCGCGUGCUUGCUCCACCGUUCUGUCGAGAAGGCCGCCAUGGCCCAGCAUCUUGGCAACAACGACAAGACUGCCUUCCCCGCGCCCCCCGCCCCAUUCUACAAGUACACCGACCAGGAUUCGUCACAAAAUGUCAACUCUGGACGAGGUGUGCGCAGGACCACGAGGGGCCCUGUUCCCUCAGCAACACCUUCGCAAACCAACCUCUUCUUCUCCCCGACUGCAGGCGCCGGCAAUCGAGACUCGGUCUAUCGCGACAAUGGAAACAGGGAUUCAUCCUAUAGGGACUCUUCAUACAACAACAGGGAUUCGCGUUUCCUGCCCGCCGGUUUCUACGCCGCGGGCGCUGCUUCGCCACAGAACGUCGACGGCCACGGCCACGGUCACAGCCAGUCCAUCAGCAUGACCAACUUGCGGCCCGACUCUCGAGGCCACCCUCGCGCCGUGUCCAGCCACAGCCCUCCCGAGUCUCCCGGUUUCGGGCCCCAGAGGACACCACUGCACCGGAACAACAUGAGUACCAGCAGCGUCAACCUGAACGCACAACCACAGGGCGGUCGGGCGCCGAGCGCCUUCCUGGAUGACCUGCUUGGCGAGAACCCAGAGAUGUUCCCACCGCAGGGGACGACGCCUGAACCGAGGACGGGUGGUAAUAACGCCAACCACCCAUACCGGCAGAGCGGGCGGUUCUAGAUGGACGCCCCGCCCUCCUGCCUGGAGACGAAGUUGUCCAAGGUUUCGGAAAACAGUGGCGAGUCCCGCGGCGCAGCUGCAGCUUGGGAAGAACACGGCCAGCUACCUGUGGAUGACAGCGUUGAGACAUUGUACUGGGACGAAUAGACCCUUCAACUCCGGUACUCCGCAGGGCAGGUGGAAGCACGCGCGGCGAGUCUGGGAGCAUCUCAUGAGGCGAAGGAACGUUAUGAGAGGCCUGUCGGGGUACAAGUAUUUGCAAGAAUUAUGCUUACAUGCCUCCACCGGCAAAGGCGCAGGCAUAUUGUUCCCUUGGGGGCAAAGAGUGGCUUUCUGACUGGCAUUGUUUGGCAUUUGAGAACGGCGUUCAGGGGUUCAACGGGAUCAAAACAAGCAUCGGCUUGGCUCGGUGUUACUCGUUUUGCGUAUCCAGCUUUGAAGUACAGGCAUUUUAACCAACUACCCAUGCUACUAAUAAUAGUAUUCUACUUCUACCAUCA